GCAUCGGGCAGCAGUUCAGGCGAAGGACCUCUCGGUAGUAAUGCGGAAGUUGGAGUAUGCUGUAUUUCCUCUGGUUUCUAAUGCGGGGCCAACUGCAACAAAUGCGUAUAGGGAAGUAUUUCUUGUUUGAAAAAACAUCCAUUCAGCAAACCAGAUAUAAAGCACUGCAAAAUGUCAUCAGAGGAGUUUGAAAAAUUGCACGAAAUCUUUAAAAGUCUCUAUGAUGAGCUGAAGUUGAUGCCGGACAAAGCUGCGCGAUGUCACGGAGAGGAAAGGAAGAGGUUGGUCAGAGACUUUGAUGAAAAAGUGGGAGAGGCAGAGGAAAUGCUGCAGGGCAUGGAGAAAGAGCUGCGGAUAGCGCCCUCCUCUUUCCGCAACUCCAUGUCGGCGAAGCUGCGCCUGUAUCGCAGGGACCUGGGCAAGCUGCAGCGCGACAUGAAAAGCUCCGAGGCGUCCCUGGGCUUCUCCGGCCGGCCGGGGGAGAGCGGCCACGGCAGCUACGGCGUCUACGCCUCGCAGAAUGAGCAGAGUACGCAGGCACAGUCCCAUCGUGCGCUGCUCCUCCAAGGUACGGAGACCUUGCACCGUGCCACGCAAAGCAUCGAGCGCAGCCAGCGAAUCGCCGUGGAGACGGAGAACAUCGGCAACGACAUCAUCGAGGAGCUGGGGGAGCAGCGAGAGCAGCUGGACCGGACCCGUGACCGGCUCGUUCACACGGGGGAGAACCUGAGCCGCAGUCGCAAGAUCCUGCGCUCCAUGUCACGGCGGCUCAUGACUAAUAAGCUCCUCCUGUCAGUCAUCAUUCUCAUGGAGCUGGCCAUCCUGGGAGCCGUCGUCUACCUCAAGUUCUUCCGCCGCUAGGCGGGGGGGGGUGUGUCACGACUACAUGUGAUGUGUUGCACAGCUGAGCCGCUCUUCUGUAUAAUGUUCCUCACCCCCUCCCACCCUUGCGUUCCUUAAUUUGGCGAAGAGGUUGGAUGGCCUGGCACAAUAUGUACGUGUUUCCAUGACUUGAGAGGAGCGAGCAGAGGGAGCCGAUGGACUGUCAAAGCCAUGUGCUUCUGGGUUUAUGACUACAGGGGGAGCAUUGUUCCAAGCGGGUUUUUACCACCUGUGAUGUAGACGCAUGAAAUGGGUGGCUGGCUGGUGCUCUUACAAUGACCGGGGAAUGAAGUCCCCCUUCCACCUCACCCUUAUAUGGCCUGUAAGUGCCAGAAUUUGCUGCCGAGCACAGACAGCGCCCCCUAUCAGUGUGGCUGUCCUGGUGCGUCCUUCACAGCCCCUUACUUACCCCCACCCUUUCGCAAACGACUGCAGCUUCUGUUAACUUGAGCAAUACUGUAAAUAAGAUGUUAAUGUUACAGACACUCGAUGUGAUAACUUAUGAUUCAAUAUAAAAGGCACUAAUGAAUAACUAACUUGCAUUUUCUUUUAAAUAAAUUCUGUCCGGUGGGGUUACCUGUAA